AAUGGAGACUGAAGGGUCAGACGCGAGCAACCCCUACUCAGUAGAAGGCGACAGCCUGCUGCUGGACCUGGACCUGUAUGAUGCUGACAGCUACGACAUCCCAGACCCAGGGCUGCUCAAAGAAAAGAACGAGCUGCUUUCGGAGCCAGGCCCACGGCUUUUUACCGGCAGCUCGCGGUGGCAGAACAUGACCCCACGUGCCCGUGCCCACCAGCUGUGGCUGUUCCUACGUGCGGGCCUCCAUGACCUCGUGGAAAAGGUGGGGCUUGCCUGUGGGCCCUGCACUGACGCUUCUUCUGGCCCACCUCUUCCCCUAGGUGUCCCUGGUACGGCCCCAGCCCGGACCCCCUUGGCUCCCCUGGGCAGGUGCACUACCUCUCCAGCCCCCCGCCCCCACCCCCCAGCUGACUGCAGGCCUGCCCAUCCUGGCCCACAGGAAAAGAGAGGUGAGCUGUGUGUGGCACGCUUGACCCAUGGGCUGGAGCCGCUGCGCCACCUCAAAGUGGCAGCUGGGCUGUGCUCGGUGGCCCAGGACCCAGUGGGCAGACGCUUUGUGGUGCUCGAUGGUGCAGGCCACCUGCACGUGCACAGAGAGGACGGAUGGGCUUACGAGAAGCUACAGGCCCCAGCCGUGCUCACGGGGCUGGUGGCAGUGCCGGGCCCGCUGGACGCUGUGAGCCGCUUUGUGGGUUGGGGCCCCCAGGGGCUGGCCAUCCUAAGGCCUGACCUCAGCCUGCUGUGGCUGAGCAAGCCAGGGGUGGGCAGGGUGCCGGGCCACGAGCCCCUCUGCUGUCUGCCAGUGCCCGGCGUGGGGCUGAUGCUAGUGGCAGAGGCGGGUGGCCGCCUGGUGCUCUGGAAGUUCCGUUCAGGGGGUCGCCGCCUGGUGCCGUGUGGGUCACCUCUGCAGCUGCCACCAAGCCCUGCAGGUACACUCACCCGUUUGGCUCUGGGGCCCCUGCAUUCCCACCAAGUCCCACGCUGCUUCGCGGCCUAUGGCUCUGCCGUGCUCACCUUUGAUCUGCACACCUGGGCUCUCGUAGACGUGCGCCGGGACCUGCACAAAAGCGCUAUCUUGGACUUGGCCUACUGCCUAGAGGCAGAGGCCAUGGUGACAGCCUCUCGCGACAGCACGGUGAAGGUGUGGGAGGCUGACUGGCGGAUCCGGAUGGUGUUCAUGGGCCACACAGGCCCAGUGACAGCUCUGGCCGUGCUCCCGAACACGUCCCUGGUGCUGUCGGCCUCGCAGGACGGGACGCUGCGCACCUGGGACCUGCAGGCGGUGGCCCAGGUGGGCGAGGUGGCGCUGAACUGCUGGGGCCGAGACGUGGCGUCCGGGCGCGUGAACCGCCUGCUGGCGCCCGCUGGCCCCAGCUGGCCGGUGCUCUCCCUGAGCGCCAGCAGCGUGGAACUGUGGCGCCUUCGCGAGCUCUACUCGCCGCUGGCGCAGCUCUCUGCGCCAGUGCUUCACGUGCAGGUGGUGCCCGCGCUGCCCGCGCCCCCGCACCCCCUCCUGCCGGCGCGCCUCGUGUGCGCAUGCGCCGACGGCUCGGUCUACCUGGUGUCGGUCGCCACCGGGCGCACCGUGAGCGCGCUGCUGCUCGAGCCCGAUGACUGCGCGGCCUCAGUGCUUUAUUGCCUGCCGCGCGAAGCACUGUGGCUGCUGACACGCGCCGGCCACCUGGUGUGUGCCAGCGCGGCGCGCUGCCCCAUGCGCGUGCUGCACCGCGUGUGCCCGCCGCCCGCGCCCGCGCCCAGGCCCUGCUGCCUGCACCUCUACAGCCACCUCCCAGACCCCGGCAGCGCGGUGGCCGGCUGGGAGACCGUGUGCCGGCACGGGGGGGAGCCGCGCCCGAGCGACGCGGCCCGGGCCCGCAAGGACAAGAACCGGUACCUGCCCGUCGUGGGGCACACGGAUGGCACCCUGUCAGUCCUGGAGUGGCGCGGGUCGAAGACCGUCUUCCAAACCGAGGCACACAGCCCGGGCCCCGUCACUGCCAUAGCGUCUACCUGGAACAGCAUCGUGACCUCCGGCGGAGACUCGACAGUGAAGAUGUGGCGCGUCUACCCCUAUGCGGAGGACAGCCUGAGCCUGCUGCGCACCUUCUCCUGCAGCCGCCCUGCCGUGGGGCUCUGUGCGCUCGGCAAGCGGAUCACUGCGGGCUUUGAGGAUCCGGACAGCGCCACCUACGGCUUGGUGCAGUUCGGCCCGGGCGACAGCCCCCGCUGUGAGCACCGGCCCCAGGAUGACCCCACGGACCACAUCACUGGCCUGUGCUGCUGUCCCACGCUCGAGCUGUAUGCCUGCUCCAGCCUGGACUGCACCGUCCGCAUCUGGACGGCAGAGAACCGCCUGCUGCGGCUCCUGCAGCUGAAUGGUGCCCCUCAGGGCCUGACCUUCAGCAGCAACAGUGGGGACCUGGUGUUGGCUCUGGGCACCCGACUCUGCCUGGUGUCUCAUAAGCUCUACCUGCCCACAUCCUACCUGGUUAAGAACCUGUGCCAGAAGGUCCCUGAUGUGGUGCAUGACCCUCCACUACCACUGACCAGCCAGGAGUCGCUGACCUCAGCCCAGCUGCAGAGGCUCGCCAACCUCCAUGGGGUGGCCAGUCUUAGCACAGACUCGUCUUUCAUCCAUCGCCAGAUGGCAACACCUCAGCAGCCAGUGUUGGAGGAGGACUUGGAAGCCCUAGUUGCGCGGGAUCAAGACCUUCAGCAGCUGAGUCUGGGGCUGGUGGUCCCGGCAGCCCAGCCCCCACCCUCCUGGCACGAGCGGCAGGAGGCGUUUGACAACUACUUGCACCUGAUCUAUGGCCCUGGCUUGCUGGACAUGCCUUCUGGAAGAGAGUUCCAGCGGUGGAGUACCGUGACCCUCACCAUGGAGAGAGAGACCUGGGAUGUGUGUACCUUACACAGAGCUGCCAACUGUCUUUGGAAGGCCAGAGUCUGCACUGAAGUCCCGACAGUGCCCGCAGCCCUCCCCCGACAGGACCCGGGAGCCGUGGGCCAGCACUUUGCCCACCCUCCCCGAGUCCCCUUGCCUAUCCCACCCAUACACCAGGGGGUGCACAGCAAGGCAUCCCAGCUGCUGGCCCGUUCCUCCCUGAGCAGUAACCUGGGCCUCAGUCUGGACCUGCAGCUGCAUUUGGAGCGACUCCAAGGGGAGAAGCCUGUGGUCCCAGGCCCACCGGCCCUCCACCUACAACACAGGGUCCCCCUCUUGAUGAAGAGGCGGCCCAAGGAGCCUCUUUCCAACUUUCGAGGCUUCUUUCCUGCCACCAUUCGGCCCUACAAGGACUUGCAGCGGCCUGUCAGCUUCCCGGGCAGCGUGCCCAACUCGGUGGUGCUGCAGCAGAUGGGGCUUCACUGGGAGGUCAGCGGCCUCGGAGCCCUCGCCCAGCUCACCAGCCGCAGAAGCAAGCCAGGAAGGCGCCAGGACGACCUGUGGCUGCCGCGGCGCAUCAGGCGGUGCGCGGCCAGGUGGCAGCAGAAGCUGACCGGGUGGUUGGGGGAAGAGGAGGAGGAGGAGCACCGGUAUGUGGACUGGUCCUCAGAGACCCUGAGCCCACCUACGCAGCUCUCCGAGUCCGAGGAGACGGAGGCUCAGAACUCCGAGUAUUUGACCCCGAAGCGCGCGCACUCUCGCACCGCCACCAGGACCGAGACCUGCUUUCGCCACCCCUGGCACCCCUAUGGGCACUCGCUCUGGGAAGAGCGCUACGGGCAUCUGCCCAGGUUCCUGCACUUUUUCGUCGGCCAGAACUGGUUCAAAAAGCUGUUCCCCAUCUUCACCUUGGAGGCCUACCCCGAGGUGAGCACGGUGGAGGGCCUGGCUUCCCUGUUCGUGGACCUGCUGUACGAGGCCUCUUGGGCAGACUGCGUGCACAUCCUGAAAGCGCUGCUGAGGCUGCUGCCCGACUUGAGCGGAGACCUUCGUAAUCAGCUGCAGGGCGUCCUCGUGCGCCAGCUCAACCUGGACCAGCCCCCCAGCCUCGAGGACCAGACGCAGAAGCAGUUCGUGAUGCUGGCGCUGCAGCUCCUCCUGGCCUGCUCCCUGGAGUCCCGCGAGGUGGUGCUGGAGCUCAUGUCCUACUUCCUCUACUCGCCUGCCUCCCGCCGGCCCGAGCUCAGGAAGCUGCUGGACGGGCUAGGCCUUCAGGACCCGCAGGGCUUCCUGUUCAGGGAGAUGAUGACCUGGGUCCAGGGCCCGGACGCUGACUCCAAGGCUGCCCUGCGCAAAUGCUGCUGCCAGAAGCUGGAGGAAAUGAUCCAGAGGUUGCAGGUCCUGGGGGGCAGGGGUGGGGCAGGCUGCUUGCAGUGGAGCCUCCUGUCUUGCCCCCCCCACCCCGCCCCCCGCCCAGGCUUUCCCCAGGUCUUUGAGGGGAGGGGCGGGGGAUCCAGGUGAGCUGGCCGGCUCUUUGCCUUGCUCUGCAUCUGUGCCUCAGGGGUCCUCUCCUGUCCCCCAACCCCCCAUUUCUGGGGAUCAUCCUGCUCCUCCCCAGGAAGGAGUCUGCAGCCAGAUCUCAAGCUUGGGGCCAGGGGCAGCCUCUGCCCUGGGCUUGGGGGCACUGUCCACCGGCUGCUUCCUCCACAGACGGAGCACUUGCAGCCUUCCGUGGCCAAGUUGUCCGAGAUGCUGCCCAAGGUCUCCCAGACCUCGGUGUUUCCAUCUCCUCCCAAGGAGACCCUGUCGCGGAUUUCAGGGCUCGCUGGGUCACCUCAUGUCUCAGGGACACCCUCAGUCCGUUCCUGGGUACCCUCACCCGGGGAGCUGAACUUGGCUGUCCUUGAGUCUGGAGCCAAGCCGAUGCCUUCACCAGCGCGCCUCCAGCGGACCAGACGCGCGCUGUCCGAGGCGCUGCUGCACUUCUGCCCCUCCGAGGUCCACCUGCGCUCCUCAGCACCGGCCGCGCUGCAGGGGGACCCACUGCCGCUGGAGCAGACGGACUGGUCCCGGUCACAGAUGCUGGACCUGGGGCCGAUCGACGCGCUCAACUUCUUCUGCGAACAGCAGCGAGCACGGCAGCAAGGUCUCCCGCAGGAGGAGCUCGAGAGACUGCGCCUGAGCCCGUGCCCACCCGAGUCCAACACCGUACUGCCCCAGCCCCGGGAUCACUGGCACUAUCCCAUCCUCCGGCUUCAGGAGGCCAAGGUCCAGAGGUCUCCGAUGAGACUGAGGGGCUGGAUGCGGUCCCAGCUCUGGGUGGGCCGUACCCUCAGUGGCUCCAUCCGGAUGCUGAAGCUGCCGCUGCCGAGGGUAGAAGUUCAGCCUUUCCCCCCGGACUGGCCCAGGCCUGCCCGUCCGCUGCCCCCACGGCUCCUGCAACCCGCCUUGCAGCGCUACUUUCUGCCAGAUUAUACAGACCCUGACAGCUACAGCUGACCAGGCUGGUGGCCCCAGUCUCUUCUUCCCUCCAGCAUGGAGUCGAGAUGUGGCUCUCCAGUCAGCUGUUCUCCCCUGGAAAUAAAGUCCAGAGGUCAUGGCCAGGAAAAAGGGUGCCACCUUCAUCUUUGGGGGCUGCAAGUGUGAGCAGAGCAGUCUCGAUGGUGGAUGAAUCUGCCAGUGGCAGUUGCAAGGCAGGAGCGGGGGGGGGCAUGGUGGAGUCUGGCAUGGUCAGCCCUUGGUGGAGCAGCAUUCCUGGUGGGAGUGGGUCUGCCUGCCAGGAGCCGGACCCAUUGCGUGGGCAUGUCCUGCUCAGGCACUCAGCCUGUGUUUAUCAGUAAAUUACUGGGGUCAAGAUGGGAGUGGGGACUCCUGGGCCAGUGAGUGGCCAAGCAUGGAGGGACUGGGAGGGUCUAGGCCACACACACACAUACGUGUGUGUUUAUCUGUGUAUUGAGUGGGGUGGGGGGCCUGCAGACUUCAAACCAGAGUCUACCCUUGGCUGGAAGGGAGAAGAAUUGAUGGAGUCCCAUGUGCUUUAUUCAAGAAGCAAUAAAGGGGCAGCAUCCUUUGGACCCUUCUAUCUAAAAAUUGCCACGAGACCGAACUUAUAUGUGAAGUGCAGGGUCUCAGAGGGCCUUGGCUUCUUUCUGAGCUGUCGGGACCUCCCAGGGCACUGGUCCCACAGCUUGUGGGGCACACGGCACAUGUGUGCACUUGCUAUUAGGUCUGCCUUUGUUUUGUUUCUUAAAGAUUUAUCUAUUUAUUAGAGAGAGCACAAGUGGGAGGGGCAGAGGGAGAGGGAGAAAGAAUCUGUAGCAGACUCUGCCCCGAGCCCAGAGUCCAACAUGGGGCUCGAUCCCAUGACCCUGCGAUCACAACCUGAGCAGAAACCAAGAGUCGGAUGCUUGACUGACUGCGCUGCCCAGGUGCCCCGGGUCUGCCUUUGUGAAGGGCUGUUCUAGCUUUUACAUCCUCCUUUUGGGUCGUUGAAUAGCAGUUUCUUCCCUCUGAAUGUGUUCAGCCUCCGACUUUAGAAGUUUUUUUCUCAGUGGUGUUCUGGAUAGAAUUUGUCUCCCAUACCUUCCCCACAACCCCCAAACUGUGCCGGGGCUCUUGUUGAGGGGCUGUGGAGAGGGUGGCCAUUUCCUAGGCCAAGUAGGGCAAGAAUUGCCAGGUCUGGAGAACCAAAGACAUGACAUUUGUAUAAAAGGAUCCGUGCCUGCUAAAACAAGGACUGUGGGGCCGAUAGUAGUCUGCUUCUACAGGUGUUUCCUUUAAAUUAUAAAAGCAAUAAAUUCUUUUAAAAUUACCAACAUCAGAGGGGCACCUAGCUGGCUAAGUCGGUGGAGUGUGUGAAUCUUGAUCUCAAGGUCGUGAGUUCAAGCCCCAUGUUGGGCAUAGAGUUUACUUAAAUAAAAGUAAAUUAAAAAUAGAUAAAAAUAUAUUUAAAAAAUAUCAACAUGAGGGGGCGCCUGGGUGGCUCAGUUGGUUAAGCGACUGCCUUCGGCUCAGGUCAUGAUCCUGGAGUCCCGGGAUCGAGUCCCGCAUCGGGCUCCCUGCUCGGCGGGGAGUCUGCUUCUCCCUCUGACCCUCCCCCCUCUCAUGUGCUUUCUCUCAUUCUCUCUCUCAAAUAAAUAAAUAAAAUCUUUAAAAAAUAAAAAAUAAAUAAAAAUAAAAAUAAAAAAUAUCAACAUGAGAAAGUGGGGCAAAUUUAAACAAGUUUUAAAAACCCACUAAUUAUAAAGGGAAACUAUAUGUUAAUACAUAUUAAUAUAUAAUUAUCUUAAAAUUAAGAAAUCUAUUCAUCUAUACCAUUCAGAGAAUAAAAAGGCCAGAGAGGAGAUAUCUGUAAUACAUGUAACUAUAAACAACUCAUCUCCAAAAUACACAAAGAGGGCGCCUGGGUGGCUCAGUCGUUAAGCGUCUGCCUUCAGCUCAGGUCAUGAUCCCAGGGUCCUGGGAUUGAGUCCCACAUCGGGCUUCCUGCUCAGUGGGUAGCCUGCUCCUCCCUCUCCCACUCCCUCUGCUUGUGUUCCCUCUCUCGCUGUGUCUCUCUCUGUCAAAUAAAUAAAAAUAAAGUUUUUAAAAAAAUACAUAAAGAACUUCAACGAAUCAAUAACAAUUAAAAAAAUCACACAACCCAACAGAAAAAAAUGUACAAAAAACUGGAAUGGAAUUUUCACUGUAGAAGAAAUCAAAAUCACAAAUACAUGUAUUCCCUUCACUUCCUAACCGAAUGGCCUUAAUGAGUUACCCAGUUCUCUGAGCCUUGGUUUCCCAUGUAUGAAGUGGGGAUGAUGAUGCUCAGAGGCUGUGCAGGACUGCUGUCAGAAUUAAAUGAACUUUACAUCUAACACACUUAGGAAUAAUGCCUAGUACAGAUUAUGUAGAUAGAAAACAAAGCCAGGGCGCCUGGGUGGCUCAGUUGGUUGGGCGACUGCCUUCAGCUCAGGUCAUGAUCCUGGAGUCCCGGGAUCGAGUCCCGCAUCGGGCUCCCUGCUCAGCGGGGAGUCUGCUUCUCCCUCUGACCCUCCCCCCUCUCAUGUGCUUUCUCUCAUUCUCUCUCUCAAAUAAAUAAAAUCUUUAAAAAAAAAAACAAAAAAAAACAAAGCCAGACACUCCCUUUUUUUUUUAAAGAUUUUAUUUGGUAGAGAGAGCACAAGCAAGGGGAGGAGCAGAGGCAGAAGAAGCAGGCUCCCCUCUGAGCUGAAAGCAUACGCUUAACCAACUGAUCCACCCAGGGUCCCUAGACCCCUUUCUUACAUCAUUUACAAAAGUAAUGUUCAGAUGAUUUGAAGAUUGCAAUGUAGAAACUAAAACUAUAAAUAUAUCAAAAGGUAAUUUAGAAAAAUAUUCACUCAGAAUACUCAGAAGGAAAAGAUAGGCAUAUUUGCAGAUUAAAAAAAAAAAAAUUAUGGCAAAGGGCGCCUAGGUGGCCUCGUCGGUUAGGCGUCUGCCUUCCACUUGGGUCAUGGUCCCAGGGUCCUGGGAUUGAGUCCCGCAUUGGGCUUCCUGCUCAGCGGGGAGCCUGCUUCUCCCUCUCCCUUUGCCCCUCCCCCCUGCUCAUGCUUUCCCUCUCUCUCUCUCUCAAAUAAAUAAAAUCUUAAAAAUUUAUGGCAAAAGAGACCAUAAAAUUAGGGACAAACCUCAAAGUGAAUUGUAUAUUUAAAUGUAAAACUAGGAAAAAUUGAGAAGGAAAUAUAAAAGAUCUUCUGGACGAGCAACUGAUGAAGUAUUCUCAGACAUGAUGCUCAAAACGCCAUAUAUGAAAGAAAUCAGAAAGUUGGACUUUAUCAAAUUUUAAACCUUCUGCUCUGUGAAAGGCCCUGUUAGCAGGAUGGAAAGACAAGCCACGACCAGGAGAAAAUGCCUGCAAAUGGCCUGUCCACAAAGAACAUCCAGCUAGAAUGAAAAAAAAAAAAAUAGCUUUCAAAAUUAAUGGUAGAAACCAAACAAUCCCACUAGAAAAUGGACAAAAGAAGCAGACAUUUCACCAAAGAGGAGAUGCUCCACAUCACUAGCCAUUAGAGAAACGCAAAUUAAUACCUAAAAUAAAAAGAGUUGACAUCACCAAAUGCUGGUGAAUAUUCGGAGCAACUGGAUCUCAAUACUUGCUUGUGGGAACGCAAAAUGGUCCGCACACUCUGGAAAACCAUUCAGCAGUUUCUCGAAAACUGAACAUACCAGGACCUACAAUCCAGCAGCCAUACCUACAACUCAGCAUUUAUCCCAGAGGAAUGAAGAUCCGUGUCUGUACAAAAACCCGGACACCAUGUUUUACAGCAGCUUUAUUUGUAAUAGCCGCAGCCUGGAAAUGACACAAAGGUCCUUCAACAGGCAAAUGGCCACCCCACUGGCAGGUGCACACCACGGGGUACUCCGUGGCCAUAAAAAUGAAACGUGUGACACGCGUGACGACCUCCAGGGGUCAUCUGCGGUGUGAUUCCAUUUCCGUCACACUCGAGAAGUGACAGAGUUACAGAGGAAGAACAGGUUUGUGCUUCCCCGGGGCAAGGCUGGGAGCUCGCGUGGCACAAGGAGGUCUUCGUGGCGAUGACACCGCUCCCUAUUUUGACAGCCGCAUUGGUUCCAUGAGUCUCCACAGGUGGUAAAGUGGCAUAAAACUACACACACUCCUUGGUUUUGACGUCAUCGUAGCUACACAAGGUGUACCGUUGAGGUUCCUAGAAGAGAGAAAUCUAUUUAGAAAGUAGAUUAGAGGUCACUGGAGGGAGGAGAGAGGGAGAAAUGCAACACUUAAAACUGGUUUAGGUGCCUUGGCUGGCUCAGUUGGUGAAGCAUACGACUCUUGAUCUUGGGGUCAUGAGUUCAAGUCCCAUCUUGGGCGUAAAGCGUACUUAAAAAAAUGGUUUAAAUGGCCAAUUUUGUUAUAUACAUUUUACUACCGUUUACAAAAUUAAUCAUGUAAUAUACCAAAAAACAUUGAAUUUAAAUGGAUGAUUUGGAUGGUAUAUGGGUUACAUCUCAAUAGAGUUAUUAUUUUUUUUUAUUAAUUUGACAGAGAGAGAGACACAGUGA